AUGAAGAUACAUUACCUCCUUGGAAUUGUAGCAUUAUUGGCAUUUAGCCAAGGAAUUUAUAGUGAAGAAGAAACUAAAGAAAAUAAAUAUGGAACAAUUAUUGGUAUUGAUUUAGGUACAACUUAUUCAUGUGUAGGUGUUUAUAAAAAUGGACGUGUAGAAAUUAUUGCAAAUGAUCAAGGAAAUCGUAUUACCCCAUCAUAUGUUGCAUUUACUCCUGAGACAGGUGAAAGACUUAUUGGAGAUGCUGCUAAAAAUCAAUUGACUUCAAAUCCAGAAAAUACUAUUUUCGAUGCAAAGAGAUUGAUUGGUAGAGAAUUCACCGAUAAGACAGUUCAAGCUGAUAUGAAAUUAUGGCCAUUUAAAGUUUUAGACAAAAGUAAUAAACCACAUGUUGCAGUUAAAGUUGGAUCUGGAGAGAAAUCAUUUACUGCAGAGGAAGUAUCAGCUAUGGUUUUAACAAAAAUGAAAGAAAUUGCUGAGACAUAUCUUGGAAAAGAGGUAAAGAAUGCAGUAAUUACAGUUCCAGCUUAUUUCAAUGAUGCUCAAAGACAAGCUACUAAAGAUGCCGGAACUAUUGCUGGUUUGAAUGUUGUUCGUGUAAUCAACGAACCAACUGCUGCUGCAAUUGCAUAUGGAUUAGAUAAAAAAGAAGGUGAAAGAAACAUUCUUGUCUUUGAUUUAGGUGGUGGUACUUUCGAUGUCUCUCUUCUCACUAUUGACAAUGGAGUUUUUGAAGUUUUGGCUACCAAUGGUGACACUCAUUUAGGAGGUGAAGAUUUUGACCAACGUGUUAUGGAAUACUUUAUUAAAUUGUAUAAAAAGAAAACUGGAAAAGACAUUAGAACAGAUAAUCGUGCAGUUCAAAAACUUCGUCGUGAAGUUGAGAAGGCCAAGAGAGCUCUUUCCGUUCAACAUCAAGUUAGAGUUGAAGUAGAAUCUCUUUAUGAUGGUGAAGAUUUUUCAGAAACACUUACACGUUCCAAAUUUGAAGAACUUAACAUGGAUCUUUUCCGUGCCACAAUGAAACCUGUCCAAAAAGUACUUGAAGAUGCCGACUUAAAGAAGGGUGACAUUCAUGAAAUUGUUCUUGUUGGUGGAUCUACUCGUAUUCCAAAAGUUCAACAACUUAUCAAAGAAUUCUUCAAUGGAAAAGAGCCAUCAAGAGGUAUCAAUCCAGAUGAAGCUGUUGCUUAUGGUGCUGCUGUUCAAGGUGGUGUCAUUUCUGGAGAAGACUCUACUUCCGGAAUCGUCCUUCUCGAUGUCAAUCCACUUACAUUAGGAAUUGAAACUGUCGGAGGAGUUAUGACUAAACUUAUCCCAAGAAACACUGUUAUUCCAACAAAGAAGUCUCAAGUAUUUUCUACUGCUGCUGAUAAUCAACCAACUGUCACAAUUCAAGUUUUUGAAGGAGAACGUCCAAUGACUAAAGAUAAUCAUCAACUUGGAAAAUUCGAUCUUACUGGUAUACCCCCAGCUCCACGUGGUGUUCCACAAAUUGAGGUAACAUUUGAAAUUGAUGUAAAUGGUAUUCUCCAUGUAACAGCUGAAGACAAAGGAACUGGUUCAAAGAAUAAGAUUACUAUUACUAAUGACCAAAAUAGACUUUCUCCAGAAGACAUUGAACGUAUGAUUAAUGAUGCUGAGAAAUUCGCUGAUGAAGAUAAAAAAUUAAAAGAAGUUGUUGAGGCUCGUAAUGAACUUGAAGGAUAUGCCUAUAAUCUUAAGAAUCAAAUAGGAGAUACUGAAAAAUUAGGAGGUAAACUUUCUGAUGAUGAAAAGGUAACAAUUGAGACAGCUGUAGACCAAACAAUAAACUGGUUAGAUUCAAAUAAAGAAGCAACUGCUGAGGAACUUCAACAACAAAAGAAAGAUUUAGAGGGAACCGUUCAACCAAUUAUUAGUAAAUUAUACCAGGGUAGUGAAGGUGGAGCCGGAGGCCAACAGACUGAGGAAGAAUCUGUUGACAAGGACGAGCUUUAA